UGGAACAGUGUCAGUCAUUGGUGAGAACCAGGAUUGUGGAAGUGGUCACUCUGUUACCUGCACUAAAGCUGUGUUAGUUAAAGUCAAUGACACCGAAGUCUACCUCAAGCAGGGGAAACUCGUUGAAGUGAAUGGCAUUGAGAUUACACCACCCUUUGUCAAUCAGCACGUGUCUGUGCGGAGAGCGUCAUCAAAGUUCCAUAUCCUUGAAGCAUUUGGAAUGAGCUUGAAGUGGGAUGGGAUUGACAGGUUGUACAUCACCUUGGCUCCGAGCUACAUGAACAAAGUACGUGGAUUGUGUGGCACUUUUGAUGCCAAUCAAAACAACGACUUCAUCACUCCAGCCGGUGACAUCGAAACCAACAAAAUCGCCUUCACUAACAAAUUUGUUGUUGAUCCUGGCUGCUACGAACCAGAAACUACAGUUUCCCUUCCUCCGUGCAGUCUAAACUCUCACAUGGCAAACUUUGCUGAAGCAAAAUGCGCCAUUUUAAACGCAGAUAUCUUCCGUGCUUGUCACGGAAGUGUGAGCCCGGAUUUAUAUUAUGAUAUCUGUAUGUACGAUGUAUGUGGAUGCGAUACGGCAUAUACAGCGACAUGUUUGUGUGAGUCGAUAGCGGGAUAUGCUAUGGAGUGCGCUAAUGAAGGGAUAUUUGUGGACUGGAGGGAACAUGAGUUAGUCGCUAAGUAUUGUGAUGUCUCUUGCCCAGGAAGCCAAGUGUACAGUAACUGUGGCCCGACCUGUGGCCAAUCCUGUCGUGACCUCAGCCUCCCAUGUAUUGAGACAGACUAUUGUGUAGAGGGAUGUAACUGCCCGGAGGGAUCAGUGCUUGAUGAUGAUGGCAACUGUAUUUCCCCAUCAUUUUGCCCCUGCUACUAUGAUGAUCAUGUGUACUCCCCUGGUGAUGAAAUAGAACAGUCCUGCCGAACAUGUACUUGCAUCAACGGAACCUUUGACUGCAUUGGUGAGGAAUGCAACGAGACAUUGAUAUGUCCUAAUAACCUUGUAUUUGAUGUCCAUGCUACGCCUUGCCCUAUUACCUGUGAUAACUUAGAUCAUUAUCGGUCAUGUGUGGCAUCAACAAGGCCAGGAUGUAUCUGCCCAACUGGAUAUGUGCUAAAUGAAGAUGUGUGCGUUCUGCCAUCAGAGUGUCCUUGUUAUCACAGUGGGCAUAGCUAUCAACAUGGUCAGUCUAUGCAGAUUGAUGCAUGCAAUCAAUGUGUGUGCAAAGGAACCAUGUGGGACUGCACUCAUAAAGUAUGUCCAGCCGUCUGCUCUGCAGUAGGAGAGGGCCAUUAUACAACAUUCGACGGUCGGAUGUAUUCCUUCGUUGGUGACUGUCGCUACACCAUGGUCCAGUCAACCAACGACACGUUCUCAGUCGAAGUAGAAAACGUCGUCUGCGGGUCAAGCGGAAUCACAUGCACCCGGGCCAUCGAGAUUAACAUCGGUGAUUAUGUCACGAUCUUCCUGGUGCGUGGUGGAGAGGUCACUGUUAAUGAUGUCAAAGUUCAACUGCCUAAGCAUUAUUACUCGCUACAGAUUGAGAAAUCGGGAUUCUUUUAUACCAUCACAUCUAAUAUUGGACUCCGAGUAUUAUGGGAUGGAGGCACCCGUGUGUACGUUGAGGUGCAACCUCACUUUGGUGGUCAGCUAUCAGGGUUAUGUGGUAACUUUGAUGGGAAUCAAGAGAAUGAUUUUACUGCUUGGAGCGGCGCUGUUGAGCAGAGUGCGGAUAACUUUGCUAAUACAUGGAAGGUCAGCGUUGGAUGUCCAGAAUUGUAUCAUGAAGAUGUUGUUCAUCCUUGUACAGUUAAUGGUCAUCGUGAGGCUUGGGCACACCGACGUUGUAACAUUCUUAUGCAGUCAUUGUUUGAGCCAUGUCACUCCAUCGUCGAUCCUUCACCAUAUCUUGAGAAUUGUAUCUACGAUUCGUGUGGAUGUGAUAUAGGUGGUGAUUGUGAAUGUUUAUGUACAGCAAUCUCUGCUUAUGCCAUGGAAUGUUCCCGUAGUGGUGUCCACGUCAAAUGGAGAUCUCAAGACCUCUGUGCCAUCCAGUGUGAGUAUGGUUUUGAGUACUCUGCAUGUGGACCUUCAUGCCAAGAAACUUGUCAGACUAUCGGUGAUGAGAAACCAGAAUAUUGUAAUGGCUGCGUCGAGGGAUGUCACUGCCCUGAAGGAAUGGUCGUACAAGAUGGUGGAUGUGUUCCUGCUGAUGAAUGCCCUUGUUACCAUGGAAAUGCAGAGUAUACUCCAGGCACCAUUUUACUGAUAGACUGCCAGAAUUGCACUUGUGUCAGAGGAAAUUUAGAGUGCUUUGGAGAAUCUUGUAAUAUUACAUGUGCUGAGACUGAGUUCCAUUGUGAUAAUGAUUUAUGUAUCCCUCAUGGUUGGACCUGUGAUGGAGACGAUGAUUGUACAGACGGGUCCGAUGAGAAGGAUUGUGUGUACACCUGUAUAGCUGACCAGUACACCUGUGAUAGCGGCCAUUGUAUUGAUGCAAGAUAUUACUGUGACGGGUCACCAGACUGUGAGGAUAAUUCAGAUGAGGCAGAUUGUCCUUUACCAUCUUGCUAUGGAGGAGAGUUCCAGUGUGACAAUGGCAAAUGUAUCUCUCGGGAGUUUGUUUGCGAUGGAGAAAUGGAUUGUGGCUUCAAUGAUGCUGCUGAUGAAAUAAAUUGCAGUAAGUUUUGA